CCAACUAUAUGCAUCGCCUCCCUCUUCCCCCUUCAUAUUCACACUCCCCCCAGGACUGAACCGAAGCGCUCCCUUUCCUCUCUCCCGAAAGGCCGAAACCACCCAACAAUGGAAGUUGCUCCCCUCAACUCCAAGCAACUCCUCCUCCCCAUGGCGCCCCCGCGAGACCCCAACUCGCCGUCCUCCUCCACCUCCUCCUCCUCGCCGUCCUCCGCCGCCGCGUCCCCCUCCUCCCACCACCCGCCGCCGCCGCCUUCGCCUUCCCCCAGGCCCGCCCCGCGCAUCAUCGACACCACCCCUUUCCCCACCACCUUCGUCCAGGCCGACACCGCCUCCUUCAAGCAGAUCGUCCAGAUGCUCACCGGCGCCGCCGACAUGCCCCCUCCGCCGCCGCCCUCGUCGCAGACCCAGAGGCCCCCCGCCAAGACCAUCCACGGGGGAGGCGUGCCGUGCAGGGCGAAGAAGCCGGCCUUCAAGCUGUACGAGCGCCGGAGCGGCAUGAAGAACCUCAAGAUGAUCGCGCCGCUGGCCAUGGCGGCCGCGGCCGCGGCGGGGGCCUCGCCGAGGGCGGCGGCCCCGGAGCUGCUGCUGUCGCCAAGCGUGCUCGACUUUCCCUCGCUGGCGCUCAGCCCCGUCACGCCGCUCGUGCCCGACCCCUUCAACCGGUCCGCCUCGGGGUCCCCUGGGGAGCCGCAGCAGCAGCAGGGGGCCAUGGCGGAGGAGCGCGCCGCCAUCGCGCGCAAGGGCUUCUUCCUCCACCCCUCGCCGAGGUCCGCCGCCGAGCCGCCGCGGCUUCUGCCUCUGUUCCCCGUCACCUCCCCCAGGAUGGCGGCGGCGGCGCCGUCCUCGGAGCUGUAACCGGCCGGCCGUGCUCCGCGCGCGCGUAGAGUAUACAGUCUUGAGUACUGCUCCGGUCCUUGCAGCAGUACGUAAUUGUUUCGAAUUUCGAUCGGCUCGUCCUCGGUGCUUUCUUGUAAUUUUUGCUCGCGAAGGAAUUAACCGAAAGAAUCCCUCUUUGAGCUCCUGGUGUUGUCUUCUGACCAAGAACGGUUCUGAACUUCUAAUUGUGCCUAAUUUACCUUCCAUUCGAUGCCA